GCAACCGCCGCCGGCAUGUCGAUCAACAGCUGGCACAGUCGGCGGGAGCGUGGGCUUCCGCCGCGCUUCGGCGACAUGGACAACAUCUAUCGCAACGUCUACGCCGGGCUGCAGUACGAUCCCACCGGGAGCAGCGCGAUAAAUUCGCCGUCCGCCGGCCAACCCAACAACGGUGCCGUCUACAGUCUAGAAUUUUCACCAUCCGGAGCAAUGUUGGCUGCAGCGUGUGAAAACAAAUGCUUCGCGCUGUACGACCCGCAGAACGCCAAACGCAUACAUACGGUCAGAGGGAUGCACGGUGCGAGUGUCAACUGCUUGAAGUUCAUCAACGAGCACACGGCCGUCACCAGCUCGGACGACCACCUGAUCCGCCUGUGGGACUUGCGCAACACGCAAACCAACCUGCGUACCCUCCGUGGCCACGUCGGCUCCGUGAAGGGGCUCGAGUACUCGCGCCGGGACGGCGUGCUCAUCUCGUCCGGGCUCGACGGCGUUUGCUACGGUUGGGAGCUGAACAGUCUCACCGAGCACGGCUGCCUCUACCGGCGUCUGCUGCACGUGCCCGGCAUGUUGCGCUGCCGCCUAUCGCCGGACGACAACCGGCUGGUCGUGGCCACCACCAACGGCUUCAUGAUGCUCAUCAACAACCUCAACCUGACCACCCUCGCCGAAGACACCGCGGGAUUUAAUCCCAGCCUGUACCGGCUGAUGCAGUUGAACAGCGAGAUGAUCCCGGCCGCACUACCCUACUACUCGGUGUUCAGCCAUACGCGCAACAACAUGGCCCUCAUUGUCGACUUUCACAAGAAAGACGAAGUGGACGUGAUAAACGGGCUCACGAUACACCCGAAAGGAUGGUGCGCCUUGAGCCGUUAUGUGACCUUCGACAACAAGGAGUGGUCUACCGUGCACGACAUCCGGAACAAACCGCUGGACGUGGAUGGUAACGGCGAGCCGGAUGAGUUCGAUGCGGCGGCGCUGCGAGCGGACGAUGAGGUGAUGGAAACGAUGUCGUUUCAGCAAAGCAAACGCGACGGCACCAGUACCAUCCCCGACGUUGUGAUCGAUGACAGCUUCGCGACGUAUCAGCUGGGCAUCGUUUCCAGCAAGCCCUCUCACACGGAUCGGUUCACGCAAACGCGAAUGAACGUGUGCCUGUGCGCGUCUACCUCGUCCAUCCGGGCGCUCGGCAAGCUACCGCCGGCGGAAACCGCCCCAUCGUCGAGCACCGUGACACGGCGGAGUGUCAAAGUGUGCGCGGUUGAGGGGGGAGUGGACAUGCAGACCAACACCAGCCUAACCAUCCCGCCCAACGGUACCGAUCGGUGCCUGUGCUUCCAGAGUGUCGCAAGUCCCGUGUCCGGGUUGCGAUCGGGUAGGGUGGGGGUUCCGGGGUCGUCAGACGCACCGGGCGGUAACAUGCAGGCGCCCCUAGGUACGAUCCGUACCAACGUCAGGGCUGUGGUAAGCCUCGAGCCGAUACCCGGACCGAGCCGCGCCACUGCUAGCGCUUCGCAGCCAUCGGUUGCUCUGCGGCGUACUACUAAUGCAUCGGCUCCGGGAGCUACGGCUGGGACGAGUCGAACAAGGGGCACGGCGAGCAGCUCUGGAAACGUUGGUCAACAGUCGAUGCCGGGCCCGAGUGGUAUUAGCAGCGCGGCGGGACAAGCCAGAGCGUCGACCCAGACGGCCGGAACGAGUCGGACCAGAGCCACCGCAAACUCCCGGAACGCGGGUGAAGAACCGAUGCCGUCGAGUAGCGCUGCAGUACACUCCAAGACGGUGCCUUCGGCAGCUACGGCCGUGCCCGGUCGAGUCAAAGCCACCGUCACCGAUGCGUCGACCGCUGGUCCGAGCGGGAGUAACGCAGGACCAUCCAAACUGGUACCUCAGGGGAGCCCUCAGCCCGGGCCUAGCCGUAUCCGGGCCCCCGCUUUAGCUGUAAAUUCGGGUCAACAAGAACCGAUGCCGGGUCCUAGUCGUAGUAACCACACCAUUGUAUCGGCUCCGGAACCGGUGGCCGGACCGAGUCGAACCAGAGCCACCGGGAACUCUAGUAGUAGCGCGCUCGAUGCACAAUCAAUGCCCGGGCCUAGUCGCAUCCGACCCCAACCGGGUCCCAGUGCCACUAUUACGUCUGCCCAAGCAGGACCCAUGCCCGGACCGAGCCGAAUUAGGCCCACUGGAAACGCUGCGUCCAGCACGUCGGCUCCCCAACCGGUGGCCGGACCUAGUCGCAUACGCGAAGUGACGCCACCGAAUCGAAUCAUCCAGCCCGGUGCUUUCGUUGGCAUGCAGGGAACGUCCCCGCCGUUCGAUCUCAUCGCACAGGUCAUUGUCUCGUCGCAAGAACCCGGUACUAAUCGCAUCGUGACACGCACAAGCCCACCCGUGAUCCUACUGGACAGCAUCGCUCAACUCGUCGCAUCCGGGCGCUACGGUGUUUCGAUCGAUGCACCGGCCGACGCCUCUCCGGAACUGGCACCGUCCGGUCCGCGCGUCAUCACCGUCCGGGAGGUGAUUGCCGGCAUAGAGCGCAUGUCCGACAGCGACGAGAUACCGCUCAGUUCCCCGCAACGCCAGCCACCUUCCGUGCCCGCUCCGGGGACACCGAACGCCUACGCCACCGCUCCACCGCCCCGGUUGCCCGGGCGGGAGGCAGGUGGUGCUCCCGCUUCCCUCCGCCAACCGCGCCCGGACGUGUGGGUCGGUCAGAUGACGCUGCGGGAGCGCAAGAUGGCGGCCGGGCGGCGCCUCAGUCAGCUGCGCGGCGUCAACUCCGGCAUCAACCAGCAGGCGGGCACCUCCGUGCGCCAAGGCAAGAUAGCGCGCAACGAUCCGCGCCUGCUGUUCUACACCGAGGAGUCGCUGCACUGUCCGCGCUACUUCAUCGAGCCGUCCUUCUCGCCGGACGGUCGCGUCAUCUGCUCGCCCUACAGUGGCGGCGCUCGCCUGCUGAUGUUCAACGAGCAGUGCGCCGAACCGCAGUACGCGGCCGAAUCCAUCCCCAAGCCGCUCUACGAGCUCAAGUUCCUCGGGCCGCAACCGCGCUUCGUCGUAUGCAGCCAGUUCAGCCCUCGCAUGCCGCUCGUCGUCACCGGGUGCCUCGACGGGGAAGUCCUGUUCCACCCGACGGUACUCUAAUUGUAUUAUAGUUUUUCUUAAUUAUUACCGAACCUAUUAUUAUCAAUGUUACGGAUACGUCGUUUGUAUGUAGCUGUAACUCAGAUUAAUUUGUAAUUCAAAGAGAUGUGCAAUGAACCAAUUGCAGCCAAUUUAGGUCUCGUAUGCCUCAAUGGGAGAAACCCUCUUCCACCCGACGUUUCUCCAAUCGAUGAAUUGUAUCAUAUUUGAUCAUAAUAAUUUUAAUACGUGCUAUUAGAUUACUGUUACGAAUAUGUCGUUUGUAUGUACUUCAAAUUCAGACUAAUUUGUGCUUUAACCAGACGUGCAAUCAGCAUUUGGCAGACUAAAAUAUACAGUAAAACCGUACUAAAUAAAUUAA